UAUAAAGCUGGGAACCUUCAUCAAUGUCAGGCACACCUCUGUCAACAUGAAGUUCCUACUUGUCCUGUCCUUCAUAGGAGCAGCUGUUGCUUUCUCUGAUGAUGAUGACAAGAUUGUUGGGGGCGAAACAUGCCAGGAGGCCUCUGUCCCUUACCAGGCAUCCCUGAAUUCUGGCUACCACUUCUGCGGUGGCUCUCUCAUCAAUGAACAGUGGGUGGUGUCUGCUGCUCACUGCUAUAAGUCUCGCAUCCAAGUGAGACUGGGAGAGCACAACAUCGAGGCCACUGAUGGAAGUGAACAGUUUAUUGAUUCAGAAAAGGUCAUCCGCCACCCUGGCUACAGCUACUGGACCCUAGAUAAUGAUAUCAUGCUGAUCAAGCUGAAAACUCCUGCUGUCCUUAAUGACCACGUGGGUACCAUCUCCCUGCCCAAGGCAUGUGCCCCUGCAGGCACCAACUGCCUUAUCUCCGGUUGGGGCAAUACUCUGAGCUCUGGUGUCAACUACCCUGAUCUGCUUCAGUGUUUGAAUGCUCCUGUUCUGUCUGAAGCUGACUGCAAGGCCUCUUACCCUGGAGAGAUCACUGACAACAUGGUCUGUGUUGGCUUCCUAGAGGGUGGCAAGGAUUCCUGUCAGGGUGACUCAGGAGGCCCUGUGGCCUGCAACGGAGAGCUCCAGGGUAUUGUCUCCUGGGGCUAUGGCUGUGCUCAGAAAGAUAGGCCUGGUGUCUACACCAAGGUCUGCAACUUCGUGGACUGGAUCCAGUCAACUAUUGCUGCCAACAGCUGAAUCCUUCCUUUCCCCCCAUCUCUUGUUCUGGAUUGUUGACACCAUAUUAAUAAAGUGAUCUUCCUUUUGA